AUGUUGAGUACCGAGGCAAGUGAACCAAACGAGCAGAAACCUGGGAUUCCGCCUUCACUACAAUUACCAAUUUCCCCUGAGGAAUGCACUGGAUAUCCCGAAGGAGGAUGGAAAGCGUGGUCCGUUGUGUUCGGAGCGUGGUGUGCCAUGAUCCCAUCCAUGGGGCUAUUGAAUACCCUCGGCGUUUUGCAUGCUUGGAUCAGCACCCAUCAAUUAAGGGACUAUUCUGAAUCUAGUAUUGGAUGGAUAUUUGGCGCCUAUGGCUUUUUUCUUUACUUUGCAGGAGCCCAAGCUGGGCCCAUUUUUGAUGCUUAUGGCCCAAAAUAUAUCGUCAUAUCAGGAUCUGUUGGUAUCGUCGCUUCGUUGGUUUGCUUUAGCUUCAGCACAGAAUAUUACCAAAUAUUCCUUUCCUUCGGUGUGCUAGGUGGACUUUCUGCCUGCAUGCUAUUUACGCCAGCUAUUUCUGCAAUUGGCCACUGGUUUAACGUCCGUCGGGGCUAUGCUACUGGCGUUGCCUGCACAGCUGGUGGGAUCGGAGGGGUACUUUUCCCUCUAAUUAUUCUCUUUGCCGCUCCCAGGAUUGGGUUCCCAUGGGCAAUUCGGAUCAUUGCACUCGUCUCUGCUGUGGUGUGUACAGUUGCUUGCAUUCUUCUGAAGACAAGACUACCUGGAAACAGCAAGGCAGGAACCUCCAUUGAUUUCCGGGCCCUCAAGGACCCUAAAUAUGCCUCCACGACAGUCGCGGUAUUUCUAGUCGAAUUCGCGGUAUUCAUACCCAUCACCUACAUUGCAUCCUACGCAGUGCAUAGGGGCGUCGGGGACACAAUCUCCUACCUUCUGAUCGUAUUCCUCAAUCUCGGCGCCAUCCCAGGCCGCUUCCUACCCGGUCUAAUAGCAGAUAAAAUCGGCCGAUUCAACGUAAUGGUGCUGACAUCAGUCAUCUGCGCAAUCUUGACCCUGGCACUGUGGCUCAAGGCCGGUGAUAACUUGGCUGCGAUUAUCUGUUACGCUGUGUUCUUCGGCUUUUGGAGUGGAGCUGCCAUCAGUCUGACGCCAGUGUGUAUUUCUCAGGUCUGUGCCACCGAAGACAUUGGCAAGAGAACUGGGACCACCUUCACAAUCAGCAGCAUCGGGACGCUUACGGGUAUCCCAAUUGCAGGGGCGAUCCAGCAGCGGUAUGGACAGGGGUAUGGUGGGUUGAUUGUCUUUGGCGGAGUGCUCUAUCUCGCGGCAGCUAUUGCAUUCGCGUUGGCGAGGGGUCCUGUUCAAGUCGACCCUGAGCAGUUGCGGGCAAAGCUAUUAAAUCCACGAGAAGUAUCCACGUCAGACCCAUGCUUCAAACAACUGGACCUAGGCGUCAGCGUUUCCUGGGAGACAGCCUUGCCAUCUAUCUACUUCGACUCCUUCCUACCAGGACAGUUUUACGAAAUCUUCUGGGUGGGAGCACAAAUUCAUUUGUGGGACUGGGGCACAUUAGCGGAGCACAGUAACCGCAAACUCAGUCCCAAGUCCCCUACGGUGGUACUUCCCGGCCGGCCAUAUAAGUCACUGAGCAUUACCGAUGUUGAAAGCGAUAUAGACGAUGUGGGUCCAUUGUCACCUUCGCCCGAACCUAUUUUUGCACCUGCUGGGAUGAGUGGCGGCCCUGUUUUCAGCCUUAGCAUCGUUGGACCCGCUACGCUAUCGACGAAAGAUCGCACUCCAGCAGGCAGACUGCGUUAUCCGGUCACAGUCACACUCUCAUACGAUGCAGCUCCGAAUGCCCUGGACGGAAAGCCGGUUACACUUCAUACGUUCAUUUUCAAGGAUAUCGAUUGCCGCCAGGAUGGAUUCAGGCUCUACUUUGAAAGAAAUUACCAGUGGAGUCCACAUGAACUCGGAGGCCUUUUUACGCACCACAAAUACAGAUUUUCUACUUCUGUUCCGGUAAAUGUUGGCCGCAACGACCAAAAUGAAUUCGUGGCCCUGAUGCUUGGUGAGUCGUGGUCAUUCGCGCGGGAGGUGAGUGAUUUUCCGAAGAAUGUAGCGCCCGGCGAUAAAUUCCGGUACCGGUUCAAGGGAGCCUCGCUUGACUGGUGGGAUUGGGGACAUUAUCGAGGUCAUGAAGAUACUGUGGUGUGGAUUGAUGCCAAGGUCCGCAAUCCGACAGAUAAUGGAGGCCGGCCUGAGCUAACGGUGCCGGCUAAUAACUGGGUCGAGUAUACACUAGUUGAAUGA